AUGCAUGUUAUUGGUGUUGCCGGUGCGUCCGGAGGUGUUGGAAAGGCGAUUGUUGAGAGGCUAGCCCGAGAGCCUAAAUACCAGGUUAUCGCUUUUUCUCGCAAGCCAUCAUCGAACCAUCUGCUACCAAAUGUCCUGUCUGUACAACUCAACUACGAGGAUGUCCCUUCAAUGACAGAGACAAUGGCGGCAUUUAACGUUCAUACAAUCAUAUCGACUAUUGUUCUGGUCUCCGACGAGACAAGUCAAGCGCAAUUGAACCUGAUUGAUGCUGCUGGAGCUUCAACAAAGACAAAAAGAUUCAUUCCGAGUGAAUUUCUCUUUAUUCAACCAGCUGCUCCUCCCUAUCCGGAUUCUGUUGUGGAUAUAUGGGUCGCUUCAAUAGCCCGAAUCAAAAUGAACUAUCUGCAAUACACCCGUAUUGUCAAUGGUCUUUUCAUGGACUAUUGGGGCAUGCCACAUAUUUCCACUUCUCUGAUUCCACACACCUUCGGAAUCAACAUCGCCAAGCGUGAAGCAGUCAUCCCCGGUGACGGAAAUAACAUAAUUUGCAUGACUCUCUUACGCGACAUGACCAACUAUCUGGUCAAACUCCUUGAUAUAGAGGAAUGGCCUGAAUUCAGUGUGUUUGUGGGAGAUGAACUCUCAUACAACCAGAUGGUAAAGAUAGCCGAAGAAAUUACAGGCACGAAAUUCAAAGUGACAUACGACAGUGUUGAGAAUCUCAACUCGGAUAAUGUUACCCUUCCACCUAUGCCUAGUGACACCACCUAUUCAGCUGAGGAGCAGAAAGCAAUAACUGCGCAGGUGGCUAAGCUCAUUGUGAAUGAUUUCAUGGACUUUCCUAAAGAUAUUAGGCUCAACGACCGCUUUCCGGAGCUGCAGCCUAUGAAGUUCAAAGAGUUCUUGAACAUGUAUUGGGCUGGCGAAAAAGCAUGA